AUGAUUUGCACACAGCGUCUACCGGCGAGUGCGUCGUACGGUUUGGUCGUCAUCGGGGGCGAGGGACUGCGCCGGGGCUGUCAAGAGCUGGCCAGUCACGCGCAUGUGGUUUUGCCCAAGGUGCUCAAGGUGGCGGACUCGUCAGCUGCAAGCAUGCCGGCGAUCCUCCAUCGCCUCGUGCGGGUGGGCAAACAACUCGGGGCCCUGCUUGCAUACCGCGACCCGUUGGACUUGUCUAUUUAG